CACUAAAUAACCACACACAAGAGUCAAUUAAAAACAUAUUUUAUUAAUAAAGUUUCAUAUAGUUGUAAAUUUAUACAAAACUGGUUUAAGAGUUGGCAUUACCAAUGUGAGCAAAGACAGUUUAUCUGAAAUAUAGUUGUAACUUAUGCAACACAUAAAUGUUUUAUGGGCAAAUACACAAUCUUUAAUAUUUCACUAUUUUGAGUAUAACUGGCCAAUAUGAAUUUCAGUAUAGAUUUGCUCGUUAUACCAAAAUUGAUGCAAUGCUACUUUCAAGACCAAGCAAGAUGUUUCAGAGGAAUGUUUUGUCCAGAAUGACAUGCACAUUUUCCUUCAUUUCAAUUUUUCUUCAACAUUAUUCUCACACUUUUAUUACUGUUGUGGUGCAACUAGACACUGCUGUACCCUGAUGACAUUUCUUGGUUUAAAAGAAUUUAAUUUAUUUUCUGUUCAAUCAUAAUUGCCUUUACAUUGACUGUACCUGAUAAACAUUUUUACCGUGGCUGCUCAGAAAUCACACUAUAGUUAUCCGUGUUCAGUGUGGCGCAAACCCACAAUAUGAGGAUCUAGUAACAGCAGAAUGUGUCUGUAGCAGGCAGUGGGGCCUGGAAGGUCAGGGGACCCCUCCCACGGAGGCUGUCUGAACUGACAUGUAUACUUAUUGCUGACAUUGAAAACUCUUUCCUUUGUCGUAUCGUAUUUUUCCAAAAUGAUGGAGUAAAUCUAAUACGAUUUCAUUUAUAAAACAGGUUAAAUGCAGAUGAAGCAUCUUGUCAGAAAAAAAUAUUUUAUUGCUGCAAGUGUCCAAUUCGAGUGAAGCAUUAUCCAGGUACUUUCCAGUUUAAUCAAAGAUUUUCAUCUAGACUCAUUUCUAACCAAGCCGUUCCGUCCCCGUCACACAUGAUGAGCAUUACGCACUAACUGACGCCUCAUCGCCGCAUCUUUCACUACAUACGACCCCGCUCCAUCGCUCGCUCGCUCGCUCGCGUGUUCUCAGCGUUCACGCCGCCAGUCGCUUUGUCACGUCGCAGCGCCAGACUCCCGUUUCCGCUGCCAGUAACAACGCACCACGGCGAAGAUGGCCGCGAGACAGCAGGUCCAGCAUUAUGCAAAUGAGCGGGGCAGCGCGGCGGCAGCGCCCGGCAGAUUAGGACCGUGCUCGGGAUCAGUGAGCCAGCGAGCCGCCGCUCCUUCCCCCCGACACAGCAACUAGUGCCCGCGUUUUCCCGCCUGCGCACGAGCGGCUGCCUCGCUCUUUGUGUCUGGCUCGCCGCGGCCGCCACACGCGCCCCCGACACGUGUUCGGAUAAUAUUAGUCGCCAUGUGCGACGCGCGGAUCAAAUUUACUGUGCACACUCCGCCGGGCUGUUCUACGGGAGCGCGCGGCGCGCUCGCGCGCCCUCCCCUCGCCCAGUUAGUUAAGCCAGCGCUGUUCGAAAGCGUCGCUCACUUGUGGAAAACGCACUUGCGAUGUAAAAUGAGCUGUAACACACAGGUUGAACAUUGUUUGCGCCGUUGUGACACACGGACGCGGUUUGCGUUGCGCCACUGAGGCGCGCCGCUGUUCUCCGCUCUGUGCUCGGUUUGGGGUUUAGAGAGACCGAGCUGUAAGUAGGUCGGGCUGGGCUUAAGCGGCUUAGCUACGUCAGCCUAAGCUGGGAGGAAUUCAUCCAAAGCCCUCCGCGGUAGGCGGGGGCCUAAGCGAGGCUGGCCUAGUUAAGCCUGAUUCUUAUUGUGAGCAGCACAGCCUGUUUUUGUUGUGCAACGUAGCCGAGAGGGAAGCCAGCAGUAGUGUAUGAAUCCACGCACAUGUGUUGGACACAGCUUGCUUUUGAGUUAGAGAAGAAGACGACGGGGUGAAUGAAACAUGUAUGAGUUAGGCCAGCGUUGGCUCCAGCACUGAGGACAUAUUGAAGCCAGCAGCAGGGAUCAAAACAGCAGGUGGGACGAGCGAAGAGCCCCAGUGCGGGGUGUGGGAGCCAUAGGCCCAGCUCGGCGUGCGAUAGUCCGCUAUGCAGUAAGAUGGCGUCCGGCUCGGUGUUUCUGUCCAGUAUGGUGGGCAAGGCUCGCUCCUCCAACUUCACGCUCUCCGAGAAGCUGGACCUGUUGAAGCUGGUCCGGCCCCACAUCCGCAUCCUGGAGGAGCACACCAACAAGCACGCGGUCAUCGUGGACAAGAACAAGUGCUGGGACACUGUGGCCGACCAGUACAACGCCUUGGGGGGGGACCGGCCCCAUCGCACCGCCCAGGGCCUCAGGACCCUCUACAAGCGGCUGAAGGAGUCCGCCAAGCAGGAAGUGAUGCAGCGGAGACACGCCCAGCCAGAGUACAGGGCCAGCAUCUCCGAGCCAACCAGGAGAAUUAUGGAGAUGAUCCCUCACCUGUUUCACCACGUGCCCAUCCACGAGAAGGACCAGGCGCUGCGCAGGUUAAUAUACAGCAAGCACAACUCUCCCAUUGAACAUCCUGGCAGCAGCUCCUCUCUGGCUGGACUCCAGGAUUACUCAGCAGCUGUCCCAAGUAUCCCCCAUGAGGUGGUCCAGCUGGACCCUGAAGAGGAUGUAAAACCCCCGCCAGACCUCCCCAUCCUCUCCACGCACGCAGGGCCAAUGCUGGAUGGAGGCCAGGACCCGGAGGGCGAGCAGGACUUGGCCAGCGUCCACGACUACGAAGCGUCCCUGUCUCCCAGCCCGUCCUCCGUCAACAUUCCCCUCUCCACCUCACCGCUGCCCUUACGCCACGACCUCUACUCCAACGACAUCUACCCGCACCACGAGCCGGACAGGUUUCGCCCCCUGCACUUAGCCAAAGAGGAGCACGAGUUGGUGUUGGCGAAUCACAGGAAGGUUGCCCUGUACCUAGACGAGAAGAGGGAGGGGCUGAAGAGGAAGCAGGAACUCGAGGAGGAGCUUCUGAAGGCUAAGAUCAAAGUGGAGAAAUUAAAGGCUGCCCGACUCAGACACGGACUGCCAAUUCCCCUAUAGUGUGCACCAAUGCCACAUGUGAAUGCCACGUGACUAGUCUUAGGAUGAGAAGAGGUUAUGAGAGUGUGGAGAGGCUCGUUAGUAUCAUGUUUGACUGUGUCUGUGUGAGAACUUUAAUUUCCUUUGAAAACACAGUGCCUCGUGAAGACAUGGAAAUCCUCUCUGCGUAUUUCAGGAUAAAGCAGACUCCUGUUCAGUUCUUCAUUGCGCUUGUUAGCAUUAAAAAUUCCUGAAGGUUCCAGCAGAGGUUCAGGCUGAUAAACAGACAUUGCUAUCACUGUGACCAACCAGUCUGGGUCAUAUAGAUGUAAAUGGCCAAGGUUUUAAAAGGGAAAAUUUACAUUAGUCACGUGUAACUUGAUGGUGUCUGUCCUGCGUAAAUCUGCCAACAGUAGCUAUCUAGAGUGAAUUUAGUGUAAUGAAAAAUUCUUAAAUAUUUUAUGACAUUUACUCUGACAUCCUGGAGGUUGCUUAAUUCAUAUACCAUUGAUUCUUUGUAAUAAAUAAAAAACAACUGGCAUCUGUGGAAAUUAAUUAAAUGAAUACCCAAUGCAUUCCAGAUUAACACUUUGAUAAAAAUACCAAAACGAAUCAGAUCUUAAACAGCCUUAAAUAAUUAUGCUAAUAUUGACCUUCAUUUAAAGCUGAGAGUUGACAGUGUUGAAGUCAACAAUUCUCUGUAACAGCCAGUAGUUUUUACACAAUAAGGGAGCUAUGAUGUUGUAUGAUGUUGCCGUUGUUAUUUAAUGUAUGUAACUGCAACAUACGCUGUGACUGUAAGGUUUUACAGGUUGUCCGAUCAUUGCUGUAUUUUUAUUAAAAACCCAGACAGCG